CCCCGACGGUCGGACCCACGGCGGGCCCGGAGAGCAGGGCGGAUGGACACCUUCAGCACCAAGAGCCUGGCCCUGCAGGCCCAGAAGAAGCUCCUGAGCAAGGUGGCCUCCAAGGCGACGGCGGCCGCGUUCAUCGAUGACACGAGCAGCGAGGUGCUGGACGAGCUGUACCGCGCCAUCAAGGAGUUCACUCGCAGCCGCAAGGAGGCUCAGAAGGUGGUCAAGAACCUGGUCAAGGUGGCGGUGAAGCUGGGCGUGCUCCUGCGCGGCGGCCAGCUGGGCGCAGAGGAGCUGGCGCUGCUGCAGCGCUUCCGCCAGGGGGCGCGCCGCCUGGCCAUGACGGCGGUCAGCUUCCACCAGGUGGACUUCACCUUCGACCGGCGCGUGCUGGCCGCCGCCCUGCUCGAGUGCCGCGACCUGCUGCACCAGGCCGUGGGCCCGCACCUGACUGCCAAGUCCCACGGCCGCAUCAACCACGUCUUCGGCCACUUCGCCGACUGCGACUUCCUGGCCGCGCUCUACGGCCCCGCCGAGCCCUACCGCUCCCACCUGCGCCGGAUCUGCGAGGGGCUCACCAGGAUGCUGGACGACGACAGCAUAUGACGCCGGCCGCGGCCUUCCUGCUGGGGGUCGGGGAUCUGUAGGCUCUCUUCUCCUUUCCCUGUGACCACUGUUUUUCCCAGUCUGAUUCUGGCCAAACUCCGGGACAGAAGCCCCCGCCACCCGCCUCCGGAGGGUGCUGAGCCAUUUAAAGCAGCAGUGCUAAAGCCCCGUGGCGCCUCUCCCGCCCAGUCUCCCUGGGGAGAGGAGUUCAGGGCGGGCCCGCACAGACUGCAGGCCGGCAGCUCCCCACGCACCCUGAGACCGCUCCCUGCUCUGGUCCACCUGUCCUGAGCCACGAUGGCCCUUGGUCUGCACCCCUCGAGUCACUUGAUGUCACCUGAACGCCGGCACCGCCCACUCAGUGAUGUAACCUGGGCCUAUAUGUGCCUCAGACACGGGUCAUGCCGAGCUGGGAGGGAGUGGCAGGGUGACACUCUUUAACCCCUGGAUGUCUGAGUGUGACUCAGACUAGUAGAGACCAUGGUGGGGCACGGUGGGCCACUAACGCCCGUGACAGCGGUUCCAUAACGGGAACCUGGACACAGAGACAAGGUCUACAAGCCAAGGGACACCAGCCACCCCCAGACGCCGGGAGGGAGGCCUGGAACAGCCCGCAGGAGGAACCAGCCUGGCCUCCGUCACCGAGAGCAGAGUCUGUUGCUUCAGCUGCCCGCUGGCUCCGUUCCAGCCGCCCAGGGAACCGAGCUCAGCGAGCCACAGGAGGGCUGCGGUGGGUGCUGGCGUGUGGGUGGGGACGCCUCCAUCUGCCCUGACUCCCACGCGGGAGGGGACAGAGCACGCCCCCCAGGCGGGGCGAGAGGGGAGCACCAUCUGAGUUGCAUGCACGUUUUUAAAGGACCGUUUCACGUUUGGAAAACACGCACAAACAAACCUUUUUAUCAGACCUCAGAAAGCAAAGCUCAACCCAGCAGAUAGAGCGAUUGUCGGCCCGGCCGUGGAUGGAUGGACACAUGGGUGUGGGAGUGGUUUUGCGAUGAUUUUUGUCAGAAGGGGGCCUGGGUUGCAAGACACGAGUGCAGGUCUGGCCAAGGCGGGUCGGGAAGGUUAUUCUGACCGCCCUUGGGGGAGGGAGAAUGAUGCCUCGUGACUUCGGAGAACUGGGUCCAUCUGUCUGGGGCAAAGGUUGCAAACAGGAGGCGUGCAGGCCUCGCUAGGCAAGGAGAUGGGUCUGCUUGGCCCCGGCCGGUGUCCGAGACAUCUGAAACGAGCUGCCAACGUUUGAAACGGGGGAAAUGGCACGUACCAAUCUAAAUGGAAUUUCUCUUGAAAGCUCCCUGAGCCUGCAGUGCCCGCUGGUCAGGCUGCAUGGAGGUCCCCUCUGUUUCACCACUGUCCCCACCACUCCCUGUCGCCUCUCCCUGGCCCAUUGCACUAACCCCAGCUUCCGGUCAGCCCUUCUGCAUUUCUGCAGCGGUUUGGUUUCGACAGCCCUGAAGAAGCUAAAGCCUUUCGCCCGAGAGCCAGCUGUUCCUGCCUCCUCCUCCACCGUUGUACGGCCAACCUCCCCUCUUAUCUUCGGUCGAGAGACGGGGUCUUCAAAUUCAAGAGCGAACGUGCAUCUCUAGUGCCCCGAGAAGCCCCAGAGGAAGUCCUUUGCCCUCGGCUCUGCUGACCGAAUUUACCAAUGCACAUGACGCUUUGUAUGCGUUUCCUGCUGGGCUGUCCAGCCUCUCUGGACUUGAUACAUUUGAGAUUUAAUUUUGGAAAACCAAAGAGCACUGCACGGCGAUUUAAAUAAAGGUGCAGGUCUUCCACUGUCAUGAUGUGGUACUGGUGACGGAACCGCUUGGUGUCAUCGGAGUGUUCUCCCCACCCAGGGUUUCUGCCUUCGCAGCAUCUGUCAGUCACAGCUGACAUUCCGUAUUGCAUUAGUUUCAGGGGCACAGCACAGCGGUCAGACAUCUAUGUAACCUACACAGCGAUCACCUUGAUGAGUCCAGGACCCACCUGACACCACGGUUAUUAGGAUAUCAUUGACUGUAUUCCCUGUGUCGUGUUUCACAUCCCCGUGACUAUGUUUUAACGGCCAAUUUGUACUUAAUCCCCUCCCCCUUUACACCCAGACCCCCACCCCCGCUCCCAUGCGGCAACCAUCGGUUUGUCCUCUGUACCUAUGAGUUUGUUCGCUUGUUUUUUCAGAUUCCACAUAUGAGGCCAUAUGGUAUUUGUCUUUCUCUGACUCGUUUCACUUAGCAUAAUACCCCCUAGGUCCAUCCAUGUUGUCGCAGAUGGCAAGAUUUCACUCUUCUUUACGGCCAAGUAAUGUUCCAUUACACACACACACACACCAGCACCACCACCACUUUAUCUAGUUGUCUAUCGACGGACACUUAGGCUGCUUCCAUAUCCUGGUUACUGUUAAUAAUGCCGCAACAAACACAGGGAUGCAUAUGUCUUUUUGAA